UCUUCAGUCUUCAGUUUGUUUUUCGACCGUUAGUCAGGUUUAGGUGAAAUACGAAUAGACACAUUAAAGGAUUACGCGAACGCACUCAUCUAAAGGGAUACUGAAUUCAGCAAAAUGUCCUCCGAUAUACAAAACUUUUAUCGCAAUAAGACGGUCUUCGUCACAGGAGGCACCGGUUUUAUGGGAUUAGUACUCAUCGAAAAAUUGCUGCGAUCAACCGAGGUUAAACGUGUUUACAUUCUGGUGCGUCCCAAGAAAGGUAAAAGUAUUGAGGAACGUUUGACCGAUUUUUGCCAAUGUGUGAUUUUCGAAGGACUGAGGAAUACAGGUGCCAAACUAACGGACCGAAUUCAACCAAUAUUAGGCGACUGCCAGUACGACAAUCUCGGCAUUUCAGCCGAAGAUCGUCAAGUAUUGAUCACGGAGGUGAACGUGGUGAUACAUCUGGCGGCCACAGUGCGCUUUGACGAGCCGCUUCACAAGGCGGUUCGCUUAAAUGUGCGUGCCACGUUGGACCUAUUGGAGUUGGCCAAGGAAAUGCAAAAUCUUGAGUCCUUUGUGCACGUCUCAUCCGCGUACGCCAAUUGUGUGGUGCAAUCCAUCGAUGAGAAAUAUUAUAACCGCAAAUUGGGCAUUAGUGCGGUCAAAAUGUGUGAAGUGGCCAACAGUUUGGGCCCAGAGACAACGAAUAAACUGUCGACGGUCCUAUGCGCGGCUUAUGAUAACACAUAUACCUUCACGAAGUCUUUAGCGGAGGACGCGGUUCUGAAUGAGGGACGUGCGCUGCCAAUUAGCAUAUUUCGACCUGCCAUAGUUAUUCAAACCUAUAAAGAGCCACUUACCGGCUGGGUCGGCAAUUACUAUGGUCCCUCAGCGGCGCUAUAUGCCUGCGCACGUGGCGUUCUACGCGUAAUGCAAAUGCAAUCGGAACAUAGGGCGCAUCUAGUGCCGGCCGAUUUAUGUGCCAGCUUAAUGCUUGCCAUCGGUUGGGAAACAGCGCGCUCGGAUCAGCGGCAACGCUUAAAUCUUGCACCGCCGAUUUAUAAUUACGCUAAUGAUGAUGAGAAUCCGCUAUAUUGGAGACAAUAUAUGAGCACUAUUGUUGGAAGGGGUCCCGAAUUGCCACUUGCCAAAAUGAUUUGGUUCCCUUUCAUGAUAACGGUUAGCAAAAAAUGGGUGUAUGACAUACUGACUUUCUUCUACCACAUCAUACCUGGCGCUAUAAUAGAUGUGCUUUUGACGUUAAAGGGCAAGAGAAGGAGAAUGAUCCGGCUUUAUCGCGGCAUACAUAAACUAACUAAAGCAACGGAAUUCUUCAUCGUAAAUGAAUUCCAAUUUACCAUGGACAAUACGAAGGCAUUGUGGGACUCUUUAUCAGCGAGAGAUAAGGACAUUUUCAACUUUGAUCUGCGGUCCAUAAACUGGAAGGAAUAUAUAAAGUUCUCACUGUCAGGCAUGCGCUUAUAUUUGGGUGGAGAGGGACCCGAAACUAUCCCAAGGGGGAAGAUAAUGUUUAAAAGAUUCCUGUUCUUACACCGACUGACACAGCUGUUGGUGAUCACACUUUUCGUUUCAUUAAUAUGGUGUGUAGCAAGUAAAUUUUUUCUGUAAAUUUUGUUAAAUAAAAAAAAUACUUGGAAAUAUUUGAAAUAUUAAUAAAUGAUUGUUUAACUUCA